CUAAAACAUAAUACGGUGCAAACAAACCAAACCAAACCACCCACAGAUAACAGUAUAUACAAGCAAGCGUCGUCAGGCAGGCAGGUCGGGUCAAUAUCAAUUGGGCAGGUAGGUACAGGGGGAGCAAGCGGAGAAUGGUCGGGGUCACAGGCCAGGUUCAGCAGGUAGCAAGCAGCAUAGUACAGAGGGUCAGGCAGAGGGAUGGUCCGGGUCACAAGCCAGGGAUCAGAACAGGUAGCAAGCAGCGUAGAUCAGAGCAGGAGAAGUCAGCAAAGGAACAGAAACAGGAUGCAGGACAGAUACAGGGCCCAGGACAAACACAACACCAAGGCAGAGUCUGCAAGUCUGGCCAU